AUGAACUCGUCCCUCCUGGCUUUACAGAGUCAGUACUGGGCUGUUCGAGACUACCUCUCCCCAGUCCUCCGCGAGAGCAAGUUCAAGGAGCACGGCCGCAUCACCCCUGAGGAGUUUGUCGCGGCCGGCGACUUCCUAACGUUCAAGUUCCCCGUGUGGCAGUGGGAGAGCGGGGACGCGUCUCGCGCGCGCGACUUUCUUCCACCGGACAAGCAGUAUCUGAUCACGCGCAAUGUGCCAUGUCUCCGCCGCGCCAACGCGCUCAACUACACGGACAAUGACGAGGACGCCGAGAAGCUCCUGAGCUUCCUGGAGGAGGCGGACGAAGCCGAGCCGGACGGCGAGUGGGUCGCGACUCACAUGGGCAGAUCAACACAGAGCCAGGAGGUUGCCGAGAUCCCCGACUCGCCAGGGUUGAACGCGCAGACAGCUGGCCUGAACCUUGGCGAGGACGACCCGAUUCCAGACAUGGACGACAUCCCAGACAUGGACGACGAGGGGCUUGAGGAGGAAGAGGACGACGCAGUUGUGCGGCCUGCCAACGACUCGUCGUCCAACCUCCUGCAGGUACGCACGUACGACUGCUACAUCUCGUACGACAAGCAUUACCAGACGCCGCGGUUCUGGCUGUUCGGCUACAACGAGAACAAGGAGCCGCUCACGGCCAAGGAGAUUUUCCAGGAUGUUCCAAGCGAGCACGCGUUCAAGACGAUGACGAUGGAGGCUUUCCCGCACACAGGCACGCAGCUCGCGUCCGUGCACCCCUGCAAACACGCGAGCGUGAUGAAGAAGUUUAUCGACCGCAUGGAGCAGCAAGACGUAUCCGAGGGCAGCAGCGGCUCGCCGCCAGGCAAGAAGCGCUGGCUGGGUGGCGUCAUGCGCAAGGUCACUGGCGGGGACAAGCCGCCCAAGCCCGACGCCAAGGAGGAGGACGAGCCAAGCGGGGUCCAGGUUGACUUUUACCUUGUCAUUUUCCUCAAGUUUAUUGCUAGCAUUGUCCCGACCAUCGAGGUGGACAGUACAACCGCCACGUCCUUCUAA